AUGACAAUCUUUCUCGUUUUGGGAGCUGCAGCUCCGACAUCUGAUUCAAAUGAGAUUAGCAAACUUCAAUCAAGAGUUGAGGCUUUAGAGACAAAAAUGGAAGAGAUCUCGAGCUCAAAAUCGAAUCAUAAGAAAAAGUCCUCCUCAUUGUUCCACAUCAUCCAAUGUGGAGGAUGGAGCCACUUCAAUGGUUCUUGUUAUCAAGCCUCUUUUCUCCGAAAUGUAGGAGCCGAUUUGAUCUCGAUUCACAGCAAAGAAGAACAGCGCUUUGUUCACGAGCUCGUUGUUGAAAAGAGUCAUAACUGCUGGAUUGGAUUGAGGAGGAAUCGAUUGGCAAUGGAACCUAUGGACAAGUCUUUCAACUCGUUGGACACGACCCGUUGGUUUUCAGCC